CGACGUGGUGGUAUGUCUAUUAUAGUGUCAUUACCGUAUCCUAUUGAGAUAAUAUCGAACUGUAAUCAGGUGAAAAUUGAACGAGUAGUAUGCGAUGAGGAAAAGUUAGAGCCUUUCAAAAAAGACCAGUUCGAUCUCUUGUUGUCAUCCUUAUCUGCACAUUGGAUCAACGAUCUACCUCAGUGGUUUUGUCGUUGUUUCGAAAUUUUGAAGCCCGACUGCCCUAUUAUUGGUUCUCUGUUAGCGGAAGAUUCUCUUUACGAGUUGAGAUGUUCACUGCAAUUAGCUGAGAUGGAGCGCACUGGCGGGGUUGGAUUGCACGUUUCUCCCUUCAUCAAGCCUCAAGAUAUCGGCAGUCUACUGAACAAGGCUGGGUUCGACCUGGUCACACUUGACAGCGACGAAGUUCAGGUUGGAUAUCCUCACAUGAUGGCACUGAUGUACGAUUUGCAACUGAUGGCUGAAUCACAUUGCACAUUCUCGCGAAGUCGGACUAUACGAAGAGACGUUCUAUUGGCAGCUGAUGCCAUAUAUAGAGUAGGUCAAUUCGAUCGGAGCACUCAGGCAGCAUUUUCAAGCCAUGGUGCUGCUCAUAUUGGCAAAACUUUUUUUGAAAGGAAAGGAGUAUCAAAGGUUUGGUAG